CCUUGAAAUUCAAAAUAAAAUAAAAAGGUGUCCAAAAUGACCAAAACCCCAAUUAGAAAACGAGGAAUCGCUGCAUUGCAAAAACACAAAUAAACCUCAAUUCCGCGUAUUCGCUCAAGCAGCAAAAGUAAAGAUGGAGGAGGGGAAGGAAGCUAAAGAAGAACAAAAUGUCAUUUGUGAUGCGUCAGAAAUUAAGUACGUUAAUUAUGGGGGCGAGCAUCACUUGCCUCUCAUCAUGAAUCUGGUUGAUGAAGAGCUUAGCGAACCCUACUCAAUUUUCACGUACCGCUACUUUGUCUACCUAUGGCCCCACCUCUCUUUCCUGGCUUUCCAUGAUGGUAGAUGUGUGGGGACUGUGGUUUGCAAGAUGGGUGACCACAGAGGGACUUUCAGAGGUUACAUUGCAAUGCUUGUCGUUGUCAAGUCUUAUAGAGGGAAAGGCAUUGCCACAGAACUUGUCACAAGAUCUAUCAAGGUGAUGAUGGAAUCAGGCUGUGAAGAGGUGACUCUUGAAGCAGAAGUCACCAAUAAAGGUGCACUUGCACUGUAUGGGCGUCUAGGGUUUAUCAGAGCGAAAAGGCUUUUCCGCUAUUACUUGAAUGGGGUUGAUGCUUUCCGACUCAAGCUAUUGUUUCCCCACCCAGAGUCGCAGCCCUUCCCGUCAAUGUUUGCUGCUGUGGACGAGAUUGAUAGACAUAACAGAAACAUACAUGCGGAAGGAAAUGCACUUGACGAGUACAUUUGAUAUCUUUUUAGGUUGUGAAUGAAUUUUGUAACCCUCCAGUUUGCAGUUUGUAUAAAUUGCGGGUUAGAAUGUCAAACCCAUCACUCGUGUAUAAAUUUUGCGCAUUAAGUCCUUGUUAUUUACUGUAUAAAAUUCAUCAAGCCUCUUCUGUUAUAAUUAAUGAUUGACUUGAUACCCUGGAAGGAUGGUAUAAUUAAUGAUUGACUUCAUACCCUGGAUUCUGGAAGGAAAAAU